GUUUCUUUUAGUCAGAAGACUACUGCAGUAAAGUGAGAGCAGUUCCUCUUCCAUUGUUCAGUGUGGCGCGUCUUACUUUAAUCCCGUCAACCGUGCAGUCUUUGUUAACGACUGGGAAUGAUGAGGCCUAUUGCAGUGCUGGUGUGUACGGCGUUUCUGUGCUGUGUCUCCUUGGAAACGACCGAAGACCACCCACCAACCCGUGAAUCCAACACCGCCGACGCAGGCAGUCGCACAGCCGAAUGGGACGAGACCGCUCCCUCGGUCUGGAAAGAGGAUCAAACAGGGGAAGUCUGGGACAAGGGACACUUAUUGUCCUGGCUGUAUGGAGCUCAGUCACAAGUGAACACCCCUGUGAUUGCCAAGCGUGAGGGGAGCAGCUGCUCUUGUUCCACUGAGACUCGAGACUGCAGGUGUUGUUUCAAGUUCACGAUCCUCGGGAAAAAAUUCAGUGCCUGUUUGGUGGGUUAUUACCAUCAAAAUGAUGGAAUCGGUGUUGUAGUGGAGAUUAAUUCCCAAACCAUAAUCAACAGAAACGUCAGGGUGACGGACCGUGAAGUGUCGCUCUGCAAGACUUUCCUCACCAGGGGCGUCUGCGUGGGGCUGAAUGACAUCAGACUGGAGUCGAACUCUAUCUCGGCUCACGCCAAGUUCGAGAUUCAGGGGAUCAUUGACAAGAAUUUUGGGGAAAUUGUCAUCCCUAUCGGUGCACCCAGCGGCGGCAGGGGGCCAUCAAUUUCCCCCCUGCUUGGGCACAUGCUGCCAUCUUUUUUAUUAAUUCUUUUAUAGUUUCACUUUGACCUUAACGGGCGUUUAGACUUGGUUUAUUGUCAGUGGAAAUUUGGAGGUAAUUGUCAUAACUUUUUCGUUGCUUCCAUAAAGAAAGUAUCUGAGCAACUUAUGGUAUAAUAUAGGCAAGAUUUGACUCACCUCAUUUUUUUUUCAUUUUUCAAUCGUAUUAACAUUAGAGAGGGAUUGAAAUCGAUUAAGAAUGGAGCAGGCAUGUUAAAACGUCAGCUUUUCCGAUUUUGACUUUUUCCCCCUCUUGUUUUGUUUUCAAACAUCGUUCUUAACCAUUUUGACAUGCUUCCACAAACAUAACAUCAUUAAGGUCUAAAUGACAUUAAUGUUGUUAAGGGCAGGCAUCUCGAUUACUGCAAUUUGCGUUUUCACGAAGAGAUUCGGAUAGGCCUACCUGCGCCUCAAACAAGUACAAAAAGUCGUGCCUGGAAAGUCGUAAAAAUACGUCAGCUGCGAAGGGACACGCGCCGUUGCAAAAUUCACAUCUGCGCGCGUAAAAACACAUUGAAAAUAAGGGCGUCAAAGUAAUGCAGGGAAACGUGUUUUCAUGAAGAGAAGCGCUUUUUUACUGGUAAAUGUUAAGGUAUCUAACCAUUGUGUUUUUUCUAAGUAUCGGGUUCACGUAAAGGUUUAGGGCCUACCUCUCAAUCAAUGGCCAAUCACAAUGCGCGAAAUCUGUCGACCCAAUGCGCAUUUGGAAAUGGUCCCUUUCUGAAAAUGGUGACAUACCAUUUGAGUUGAAGUUGAUUUUUAGAUGUGCACUGUAUAUCAACUUUCGGGUGUCACAUGACUGGAGAUCCCAAAAGAGGAGAAUACAGGCCACGUUAGCCACGUCAUAGGCUGCUGUCCGUGGAUAUGGCUUUUGCUCUCGUACGUGGAGCACCCCGCAGCUACGUACGAUCCGUAUAAAUAAGCACUACCGUCCUGUGUUACGGUGUUUUUCCAGUUUUCUGAGUAAUUGAAGGUGCUAACUCGCCAGAAACGGCAUUUAAACCUUCCUUUUGGCAAAGGAGAUUCAUGCAUUUAAAAUUUUUUUAAAAUCCAAAAUUUGCCCUUCCCCCAACUCAAAACCUGGGUAUGCCACUAGACUAGUGCACUAAAUAUAAAACUAAAUAUCGCUAUAGAUUCAAUUUCGUUUGAGGAAGCGACUUUCUUUGCAGUCGUGUUUAUGACUUCAUCGAGGUGACACUAUAUUUAACAUUGUUUAUUUCAUAAAAAUUAUGCAUCCUUUCGUCGUGGGUCAUGAAAUUAUGCAAUCUUUCUCUGCUUGUGCCACCAACAAAGAAAUCGAAACAGCUGUCAUAACCUGUCUGUCACAACCGAUACCUCGGAAUCGGUAAACAACUGUGACGUGAAAGAGGGCGCUACAAAAGUCAUUAGGCGCGGUGCGAAGUUAUAGAUGGCGCUCUGCCUAGUAACAGGGGCAAACGUUCGGUGCGCAGCGCAUAGCUAGCUGUGUGUUAAGCGAGCGCGGCGCAUAGGCUCCGCCUUGUGCGUAGUGCGAUAGGGCAGCGAAAGUCACUGCUUGGUCACGUGAGCGCGGGCGUGGUCAAAGCAGCACGGAGGCUAUAAAAUGCGCGCGCAGGCAAGUACUAUAUCUAGUCGAUGGCUUAGGGGCUAAUCCUGAGGUAAGAGCAGCGCUUCCACUUUCAAGGAAAUUUCGUUAUUUUAAUUAAGGAAAUUUUUGCUUUCGAAGGAAAUGAAAAAUCUAAGGAAAUUUUGAGGAAAUGCCUAGAAUCUAAAGUAAUUCUAAGGAAACUAUUAAAUUCUGAGCAAAUUCUAUAAAUAUUCUCAAAAUUAGCAGCAAAAUCUACAUUUCAAACUCUACAGUAAUAUUCUGUCAGAUUCAGGAUGACUGAAAACAAGACUAUUAGAAUAAACUUUCUGCGCGUGCACACAAGUUUGUCUGAUGUCAUCCUGAUUUUUUUGUUCAAGACCGUGAGUUUGAGCAUUAUACUGACCUCUGCUUAUCUUGGUACUUGGUUUCCUCCUGAAAAACAUGCUGUAGGGAUGUAGCAAACAAGCUCAGUAGUUUCGGUAGUAUAUUAGGCUUUUUGGUGGUUAACUAAAAAAUAAGGAAAUCGGGAGGAAAAUAUGGAAAUUUGGCUCUGGGGAUAGAGAAAUUUUCAUUUUGACUGUGGAAGCACUGGGUAAGGGUCAAGAAUCCUGUGCAAGGGUUAAAGUCACCUUGCCUAGUGUGACUGUGCCUAAUUCCCGAGUGGUGCGUGUGUCGUUGAGGGGCUCGGUAGGUUGAGGGGUUAAUUGGUUGUGCAGUAUAGUUCCUGAUAGGACCUUCAGUCGAUGUAAGGGAGGAUUGCUAUCUCGUGACGUGAGUUGCGUGUAGUGCAGCCCUGACAAUAAGCCCUGUAGACUUGCUAAAGUCCCUUAUUCAGCACUGGAUCCCCACAAUUAAUUGUGGUGUUCGCUGCUCUGGGCGACGUCCAGUCACGUUUAAUUCACGGACGUGUAUAAUACAAUCUGAACUCGCAAUGCCCUUAAUCAGCUUAUAGAGACAUGGAAUCCACUCGCGGCCAUUUUACCCAGCCAAAUACAAAGCUUUCCAGGCAAUGCCCGCCAUUGUUCUUCCUGAGGUCAAUAGAAGGGAGCCAACCCACGCUUUUGUAAUCGACUCGGUAAAAUGGCGCUGGUUGGCUUCUUUUUCAUACAAAGGCGUUGCAAGUCCAGGUUUUUUUAUAUACGUCUGCGGUUUUAAUCACACAGUCUCCCCGUCAAUAGCGCCCUCUACUGGUGUAUUGGUUAAGUGUGACCGCGAUUGAAGGAGUGUUAAUGAAUAAAUCAGCCACUUUGAUUGCUCUAUAUAAGUCAGGUGCCCAGGCGAAGUUUAUUUCAAGUCAGGUCUGUCCAAAGUGCGUCUCUAAGUUUUGACCAAUCAGAUUAGGCGUCAUCUCAGCGAAGACCAGAGAUCAUUGAACUUUCUUGGGGGACGGUAUACUUCGGUCCCAACGGCCUCGUCCCCAGCCGCUCAGGGACUCUCCGGUAUGUGACGUCCGACGCGUCGCGCCUCGAGGAGGAGGGCGCCCUCGCCUUCGUCCGAGGGGCGCGGCACCACACAACACACAGGGCAAAGUUUACACUUAGAACUUCUUCGUUCACAUAACUAGUGUAUUUCGCACCAACAACCGAAAGCAUCCUUUGCAGUUUGCCGGAAGUACAAGACCUACACCUCUAACACGAUCAAAAAUUAAUGUACAACCUGAAAUCGUAAUGGCAACUGAAUAUGGAUGUUGUUUGGCACUGGGGAAAACACAACAUGAUUUAUUUCUGAUGGAUAGUAUGGAGUGAUGGAAAAACAUUAUUUCGUCACUUGUGCACCAAAGUUCCUGCUUGUAUAUCCGUGGCCAAAGGCCAAGGGAAAAAGAACCCUCUUGGCUUUUUGUCUUGUAUUUCUGAACUUUCAAGCGGACUCGAGGCGUAGUCUUAUUGUUGUAUAAUUAAUGGAAUGGAAUCGACUUUAAUGGAAUCGAUUAUUCGAUAUCACUUUAAUGGAAUCGAUUAUUCGAUAUCACUUUAAUGGAAUCGAUUAUUAUGAUUAUCAAUGAUUGAUUAUAGGAUGUUAUUUCUACAAUAAGUACCUAUACUUUUAAUGUAGAUUACUUG